UGGGCGUGACCCGGUGCGCUCGCUGGUAAACUGGCCGAUAAUCGUUCGGCCGGGGGUGUAAAGGGAAAGAGAAACCGAGCAAAAUAAAGAAAGAAAAGAUGGGAGACGACCGGAGCAAAGUGGGAGGCAUGGGCUCGGAGAUCCCCAGUCCCAACGCCCAGAAUCCAGGCUGCAAGAUCAUGACGUUCCGGCCCACCAUGGAGGAAUUCCGGGAUUUCGAGAAAUACAUAGCGUACAUCGAGUCCCAGGGAGCACACAGAGCAGGGCUGGCCAAGGUAAUCCCUCCCAAGGAGUGGAGGCCGCGGCAGUCAUACGAGUCGAUCGAUGAGAUGGUGAUCCCGGCGCCCAUCGUGCAGGUGGUGACGGGUCAGUCUGGGCUCUUCACACAGUACAACAUCCAGAAGAAGCCUGUGACUGUGGGGGAGUACCGCAAGCUGGCUAACAGUGACAAGUAUUGCCCCCCUCGGCACCAGGACUUUGAGGAUCUGGAGAGGAAAUACUGGAAGAACCUGACUUUUGUGUCCCCGAUCUAUGGAGCUGAUAUCAGCGGAUCUCUGUACGACAAAGGCAUUCGGGAGUGGAACAUCAGCAAGCUGAACACGCUGCUGGACAUGGUGGAGCAGGAGUGCGGCAUCGUGAUCGAGGGAGUCAACACCCCCUACCUGUACUUCGGAAUGUGGAAGACCACCUUCGCCUGGCACACUGAGGACAUGGAUCUGUACAGCAUCAACUACCUGCACUUCGGAGAGCCCAAGUCCUGGUAUGCAGUACCACCAGAGCAUGGCAAGAGACUGGAGCGCUUGGCAAAAGGGUUUUUCCCGGGAAGUUCCCAGGGAUGUGACGCCUUCUUGCGGCACAAGAUGACGCUGAUCUCACCCUCCAUACUGAAGAAGUACGGGAUUCCUUUUGAUCGGAUCACACAGGAGGCUGGUGAGUUCAUGAUCACCUUUCCCUACGGGUACCACGCUGGCUUUAACCACGGCUUCAACUGCGCUGAGUCCACCAACUUCGCCACGCUGCGCUGGAUCGACUACGGCAAGAUGGCCACGCAGUGCACGUGCAGAAAGGACAUGGUAAAGAUCUCCAUGGACGUGUUUGUGAAGUGCCUGCAGCCCGAACGCUAUGAGCAGUGGAAGCAGGGCAAGGACGUCGCUGCCCUGGACCACCAGAAACCCACCGCCCUCAGCUGCCCUGAGCUGGAGGUCUGGAGGGAGAGGAGAGCUAAGAGGUUACGCAGGGCUAAGAGGAAGAGGAGAGAGGCUCGCAGGAAGAAGCUGGAGGAAGCCAAGCUGCUGGCAGAGGGGGGCUUGGCCACCGCAGAGGACUCUGCUGUCGAGAUGAAGACCGAGAUCGAGGAACAAAAGAGCAAAGCGGCAGAGUGUGGAGAGGCACCUCUAGAGGACGAGAAGAAGAAAAAGAAGAAAAGGAAGAAGAAAAAGGAAGGGGAGGCGCAAGGGGGCGGGUUGCUGUCGGAUGUUGUCGGUCCUCCAGUAGCGGCAGGAUCUGUCAACGUGGCCUCCCCAAUCCAGGCAGUGUCCCCCGAUCAAGAGGAAGACUUCAAACCCCGACCCAUCAUCCCCAUGCUGUACGUUGUUCCCCGCACGAAGAAGGUCGUCUUCGACAAGGAGCACAUGUCCUGCCAGGAGGCCUUCGAGCAGUUUGCCAAGCGCAAGGUGGCCCGAGCCAUACCCCACCCUGAGGAGGGGGGCAUGAAGAAGGAGGCACUUGAAGAUACCGAGGCACCAGCCUUAGAGGGCAGGGGCAUCCAGAAUAAAGUGGUUCUAGUUUUAAGCAAGCACAGAAUCAUGUCUCCACCCCCCCACUCGAAAGCGAAGACGAAGAUGGAGGUGAAGAAGAGCCGGCGGCACCCGUUCAGUAAGCCCCCCAUGCGCUCUCCGAUCUCCGUUGUGAAGCAGGAAACUUUCAGCGACGAGGAAUGGUUGUCUUCGUUGGCGGGAGAGGAGGACCCAAGCGACCCCGAGUCUGUGAGGACUGUGCUGUCUCAUCUCUGGCAGAAUAAAUCCCACAACUUCCUGGCUGAGCGGCGGUUCAACGCAGCUGGAGCACUCAUUGAGCCUUACUGCGCCAUCUGUACUCUCUUCUACCCUUACGAACAGAGAAUUCUUUCUUGUAUUCCCCCCCCACCCCCCCAGCCGGAGAAAGACCAGUCUGUAUCGGUGGACAGCUUGACCAUCCCAAUGUCCAAGUGCGGCACGAGGACCAAGCCGCUGAUCCCAGAAAUGUGCUUCACCUCUGGUGGUGAGAACACAGAGCCCCUGCCUUCCAGCUCCUCCAUCGGGGAGGACGGCACCAGCCUGCUCAUCUCCUGCUCCAAGUGCUGCCUGCAAGUCCAUGCCAGUUGUUAUGGAACCCGGACUGACCUGGUGAAAGAUGGCUGGACCUGUUCUCGCUGCACGGCUUGUGCCUGGACAGUGGAUUGCUGUUUGUGUAAUUUAAGAGGCGGUGCGCUUCAGAUGACAGUCGACAAGAGGUGGGUCCAUGUGAUCUGUGCAAUAGCGGUUCCAGAGGCCCGCUUUGUGAACGUGAUCGAGAGGAACCCAGUGGACAUCAGUGCCAUCCCAGAGCAGAGGAAGAAACUGAAAUGUGUCUACUGCCAUAAAAAGACGAAGCGUGUGAUUGGUGCCUGCAUACAGUGUUCCUUCAAGCAUUGCUCCACCUCCUUCCAUGUGACCUGCGCCCAUACUGCCGGGGUCCUCAUGGAGCCAGACGAUUGGCCCUACGUGGUGUCCAUCACCUGCCACAAGCACAAGGCAACCAAUCAGAACCUGAGCCAGGCCCCGAAGGAGGUCUCGUUAGGGCAGACUGUCAUUGGCAAGAACCGAAAUGGCUUGUACUACACGUGCCGGGUGAUUGGGACAGCCACGCAGACCACCUACGAGGUCAACUUUGAGGACGGCUCCUACAUCGACAACCUGCACCCUGAAAACGUCCUCAGUCGAGACUGCCUCCAGUACGGACCCCCGGCUGAGGGAGAGGUCAUUCAAAUCCAGUGGACCGAUGGCAGUGUCUUCAGUGCCAGGUUCAUCACUGCCCACUUCAGCAACGUCUGUCAGGUGGAGUUUGAAGACGGAUCUCAGCUGACAGUGAAGCGCAGUGAUAUUCACACUGUCGAUGAGGAGCUGCCGAAGAAGGUUAAAUCCCGGCUGUCUCUGACGACCGGAGCCCUUCGGGAAGCUGUUUUCUCUGGGGACGAGGUGCAGGCAGCCAAGCGACCCCGUGUCCCCAGCCCCGCCCCCAGCCCUGCCCCCAGUCCCAGCCCCGCCCCAGCGGAGGACUACUCAAACUAUGUGACUUUCAUGGAGUCACUGCUUCAAGCACAAUACCAACAGCAGAAUCAACAGGGGAGCAGCCACUGCAUGUUUUAAACACCAAGGAGAGACUUGGCACUCAAGCGAUUUCUCUUCUCUGCGGAAUGGAAACCGGAGCAGCCCUUUCCAACCCGGCGCACUGCACGGAAACUUCCCAUCCAAUCGAGAAGAGACGGUUGGCAUUUGCGUUUUUCCUGGACAGGCGGGGGAAAAAUAGUUUUGCAUCCUUGCACGUUGUACAGAACUGUCAAAUUCAAGGGAGGGAGAGAGAGAGCAAGUCACAUUACCUCCGUUUCAGCUACAUGAAAGACGAGCUUGGAUGUAACGAUAGCUACCACUAGCUAUUCUUUUUUCUUUUUCAAACUCAGUAACUCUUCUUUCUCACACACACACACACACAGUUGUACAGCUUUAAAAUUAAUUCAAGUGCAGAUGCAGAUUUUUUACUGUUUAUGUAAAAUCACAAACAGUAUAAAAAAAAAAAAAAAGAUUUAUGAUGCUACUCAAUGAGGGAGUACAUUUUUUUUUUGGUUUAUGUAUAUCCCCGACCCUAAUUUGUGGUAAAGUAAUAGUCUUUUUUUUUUUAUGUGCUCUUAAAUUAUUUUUUUGUUUUCCCUGCAGUUAGGAAUCAUUUGAAUAUAAAUAUAUUUUUGGUAGAGUGCUGACCCUUUUGAAAGAGACGUUCUUUUGUUGGCAUGGAUUUCGUACUGUCAUGCAAAUAUUUAAGAAGAACAAUUUUCUAUUUAUUGUUGAGCCAUUUUCACAAGAAGUGCUAAAUACCCACAGGACGACAAACUACUGAUGCAGAAAAUAACCGUCAUGUCUUAUCUAAAUAUGAAUACCUUUUGUGAAGUAGGGUCAAGAAACAAGUGCUUUUUUUUGGUAAUUUAAAACAAAACCCAAAAGUCAGUUGAAACCUUGAAUAAACCAAUUUUUUAUUUUUAUUUUUAUUUUUUUAAAGCAAUGAUUUCCUUUUGGUUUCCUGUUGUAUCUCCUGGCUGAGCCCCCUUCACCCCUCCAUCCGGCAGCACUCAAGGCUAUAACCAGCCUGCUCGAUCCCAUGGCUGAUUUUGAAUUUAAUUGGCUCUGGGACUUUCAGGUUGCAUCCAGUAGAGACUGUACUAGAGCCUCACUGUGCCCUCCCUGCAGCAGGCCUUCCGUUUUAGCAGAAUUUUGUAUUUAAUAGGCACUGCUGGGCUUGAAAG